CCGGCGGAGGAAGAGCCUCGGUGUGGGCGCGGAGCAGGAGCAGGAGCCGAGGGCGGGGUCGCGGCGCGACGCUGCUCGCUGGGCGUCGAUGGACGAUUCACCUUCUCUGUAGCUCCGGCCCACGACUGCGAGAGAGAGAGAAAAAACCCCACAAAACCACUCAACUUACCCCUUUUUUAUUCCCCUGGGUUGAAAGGAAGAGCCGACGUGCCUCGGCCACCAUGUCUCGGGCCGUAAUGUCGAGCCAGCAGAAGAUCGCGGAGAAGCUGACAAUCCUCAACGACAGGGGGGUCGGCAUGCUGACCCGCAUCUACAACAUCAAGAAGCAAGGACAAGUUUGGAAGGCUUGUGGGGAUCCAAAGGCAAAGCCAUCAUAUUUAAUUGACAAAAACCUGGAAUCUGCAGUCAAAUACAUUGUCAAAAAGUUUCCGGUUGUUGAUACUCGCAACAACAGUCAACAGUUGUCACAGCUACAUAAGGAAAAGCAGGAAAUUCUGAAGAAUCUGGCACUUUAUUAUUUCACAUUUGUUGAUGUCAUGGAGUUCAAGGAUCAUGUGAGUGAACUGCUGAACACUAUCGAUGCUUGUCAAGUUUUCUUUGAUAUUACCGUCAAUUUUGAUUUAACCAAAAAUUAUUUGGACUUGGUCGUAACUUAUACAACACUAAUGAUAAUGGUGUCCCGAAUUGAAGAGCGGAAGGCAAUAGUAGGACUCUACAAUUAUGCACAUGAAAUGUUGCAUGGAGCAAGUGAUCGUGAGUAUCCAAGACUUGGCCAGAUGAUUGUAGACUAUGAAAACCCAUUAAAGAAAAUGAUGGAAGAAUUUGUACCACACAGUAAAUCUUUGUCGGAUGCACUAAUUUCACUACAGAUGGUUUAUCCUCGACGGAACCUGUCAGCAGAACAAUGGAGAAAUGCCCAGUUAUUAAGUCUGAUCAGUGCUCCCAGCACCAUGCUUAAUCCUGCACAAUCUGACACGAUGCCGUGUGAAUACCUCUCUUUGGACGCAAUGGAGAAAUGGAUUGUUCUUGGCUUUAUCCUGUGUCAUGGAAACCUGAACUCGGAUACGGCAGCUCUGAACCUGUGGAAGAUUGCGCUGCAGAGCAGUUCCUGUCUUGCUCUAUUCAGAGAUGAAGUAUUCCAUGUUCACAAAGUUGCAGAGGACUUGUUCAUGAACAUAAAAGGCUACAACAAACGCAUAGCUGAUAUUCGUGAAUGUCGAGAAACUGCAUUAUCACAUGCUGGACCACUACACCGAGAGCGACGCAAGUUUUUGCGGUCUGCCUUGAAAGAGCUUGCCACUGUUCUUGCUGACCAGCCUGGGUUACUUGGUCCAAAGGCACUCUUUGUUUUCAUGGCUCUAUCUUUUGCACGCGAUGAAAUUAUUUGGCUGCUUCGUCACGCAGAUAACAUUCCAAGAACAAGAAACAGUGAUGACUUCAUAGAUAAGCACAUUGCUGAACUGAUCUAUUACAUGGAAGAGCUCAGAGCACAUGUACGCAAAUAUGGACCAGUGAUGCAGCGAUAUUAUGUCCAGUAUCUUUCUGGCUUUGAUGCAGUGGUACUGAAUGAACUUGUGCAGAAUCUUUCGGUGUGUCCAGAAGAUGAAUCCAUCAUUAUGAGUUCCUUUGUAAACACUAUGACUUCCUUAAGUGUAAAACAAGUGGAAGAUGGAGAAGUAUUUGACUUCAGAGGAAUGAGACUGGACUGGUUCAGGCUGCAGGCUUAUACCAGUGUUUCCAAAGCUUCUCUGAAUCUAUCAGACCACAAGGAGUUAGGAAAAAUGAUGAACACUAUUACAUUUCACACAAAAAUGGUAGACUCUUUGGUUGAAAUGCUGGUGGAAACUUCAGAUCUUUCAAUCUUCUGCUUUUACAGUCGUGCUUUUGAAAAGAUGUUUCAUCAGUGUUUGGAAUUACCCUCUCAAUCACGACAUUCAAUUGCUUUCCCACUGGUUUGCACACAUUUCAUGAGCUGCACUCAUGAACUGUGUCCUGAAGAGGUGGGUGAGCGCAGUGUGAGUUGCCUUGGCGAUGGCAUCGUCCGUGGCCCUGUUUGGUCUAUACGCAAACUGAAGAGGGCCCAAGGUGUCAGGGAGAGUGGAGCAGAUAGGCAUCACAUAGGAGAUCGUAGUCUCUCACUGUGCAACAUGUUCCUUGAUGAAAUGGCUAAGCAAGCCCGCAAUCUCAUAACAGAUAUAUGCACGGAGCAGUGUACCCUUAGUGAUCAGUUAUUGCCUAAACAUUGUGCCAAGACUAUCAGUCAAGCGGUGAAUAAAAAGUCCAAAAAGCAAACUGGAAAGAAAGGGGAACCUGAAAGGGAAAAACCUGGAGUGGAGAGCAUGAGAAAGAACAGGCUACUGGUUACAAAUUUGGACAAACUACACACUGCUCUCUCUGAGCUUUGUUUCUCUAUCAAUUAUGUUCCUAAUUUAGCGGUCUGGGAGCACACCUUCACACCUCGAGAAUACCUUACUUCACAUUUGGAAAUCCGAUUCACUAAGUCAAUUGUGGGAAUGACGAUGUACAAUCAAGCUACACAGGAGAUUGCCAAGCCUUCCGAGCUUCUGACAAGCGUGAAAGCUUACAUGACUGUACUUCAAUCCAUAGAAAAUUAUGUGCAGAUAGACAUUACCAGAGUUUUUAACAAUGUCCUUCUCCAACAGACGCAGCAUUUAGAUAGUCAUGGUGAACCUACCAUAACUAGCUUAUACACCAAUUGGUAUCUGGAAACUCUACUGCGACAAGUUAGCAAUGGCCACAUUGCAUACUUUCCAGCUAUGAAGGCAUUUGUAAAUCUGCCCACUGAGAGUGAACUGACAUUUAAUGCAGAAGAAUAUUCAGACAUCUCUGAAAUGAGAGCUCUUUCAGAACUCCUUGGUCCAUAUGGAAUGAAGUUUCUUAGUGAAAGCCUAAUGUGGCACAUUUCCUCACAAGUGGCUGAACUCAAGAAACUAGUAGUGGAGAAUGUUGAAGUGCUUACACAAAUGAGGACCAGCUUUGACAAACCAGACCAGAUGGCAGCGCUCUUCAAAAGAUUAACAUCGGUUGACAGUGUACUGAAGAGGAUGACAAUAAUUGGUGUUAUCCUAUCAUUUCGUUCACUGGCACAGGAAGCGCUUAGAGAUGUUCUGUCUUGCCACAUUCCCUUUCUUGUGAGUUCAGUUGAAGAUUUCAAGGAUCACAUUCCGAGGGAGACAGAUAUGAAGGUUGCAAUGAAUGUGUAUGAACUUUCUUCAGCAUCGGGAUUGCCUUGUGAAAUUGACCCUGCAUUGGUGGUUGCUCUGUCAUCGCAAAAGUCAGAGAAUAUUAGUCCAGAGGAAGAAUAUAAGAUUGCCUGCCUCCUGAUGGUGUUUGUUGCUGUCUCUCUUCCAACUCUAGCUAGUAAUGUUAUGUCCCAAUAUAGUCCUGCUAUUGAAGGGCAUUGCAACAACAUUCAUUGUUUGGCCAAAGCGAUAAAUCAAAUUGCUGCUGCCUUGUUCACCAUUCAUAAAGGAAGCAUUGAGGAUCGUCUUAAAGAAUUCCUUGCUCUCGCAUCUUCCAGUUUGUUAAAAAUCGGACAGGAGACCGACAAGACCACUACCAGAAACAGAGAAUCUGUUUACCUUCUGCUUGACAUGAUUGUUCAAGAGUCGCCUUUUCUGACAAUGGAUCUGCUGGAAUCUUGUUUUCCCUAUGUCCUCCUGCGAAAUGCAUACCACGCUGUCUACAAGCAAAGUGUUACAUCUUCGGCUUAAGUUGGAAUUUAGUGGAGGCAAGAUUGAAAUUUAACAUGUUCUACAGUACAGGUUUACAAACUAAUAACUGUAGAAUUGUUUCACUUUAGUCUAAAAAACAGUUAUGAAACUGAAUCAUUUUUCAUAGACAUACAUUGUAGACCAGUGGUUUUUAUUACGUUGUUAUGAUAUGCUUGAUUGAUUUACUGCAUAGUGGCAAAACUGGUUUCACUUAAAUAGCAGCUACAUUUGUUAUAAUUACACUACAAUGUUGGUUGGGUUUUAAAAUCAUUUGUGUACAAGAAACAGCUGUUUUAAAAAACAACUUAAAGCUGUUGAAAUGUGGAAGAAAAUUUAUAUAAUCACUAUCUGGAGAUGAUCUAGCUUCCUUCUGUGUAAAUUAUUUCAGGUAAGGCAGAAAAAGAUUUGUACCUAUCAUUCUUCAUUGAUGGUAAAUGGAAUAAAUGGUUUAUUAGUUGCAUAUAUUUGGAUUUAUUACAAUAGUUCUAUUUCCUUUAAUUUUAAACAAUAUUACUCUGAAAUACACUGUAAUAUCUACAAAUUGUGUAGGAACGCCAAAAUCUCCAAAUACAAUUCUAGCAAUCCACUGCAUAUUACUCAGAACAAAUGUGAUGUUUGUAUAAAGCAUAGUAUAAUUUUUUUUAUAAAACUAACUUCAGUGGAGAGCUUGUUGAAUUUCACACUAUCAUUGUACCCUGUUGUACGCUAUGACUGUAUGAAUAUUUAUCUCAUAAGAUGGCAGCCCUUAAGCUCUUUUAUAUGUUUUACAUUUUUCAAGUUUGUGUAUCUUCCAUAAUGAAUAAUAAAACACCAGGUUACUUCACAUUCACAACAGAGAA